AUGGUACAAUUCAACGACCCCCAUGCAAAAGUCUCGCCCUUAUACAUGUUUCGCGGCGCUCGCAACCCGCCAGCCGAAACCAGCAAAACAUUCGAUGGGAAAACCGUGCUUGUGACUGGAUGUAACACGGGAGUUGGCUACCAAGCCGCCCUGAAAAUCGCCGCUCGCAACCCGCAAAGACUCAUCCUGGGCACUCGCACAAUAGCCAAAGGCGAAGCCACACGAGACAAGAUUCUCGCACAAGUGCCGACCCUGGAUAGGGCACGCAUUGAUAUUUUCGAGAUUGAAUACGCUUCUUUCCGCUCUGUGUGCGCCUUCGCCGACGCAGUCAAAGCCUCCACGCCGACGCUAGACUGCGUCCUGCUCAGCGCGGGCGUCGCGAUGCCAGCGUACGAAACGACAACCGAGAAAGGCGUCCCGGGCAGCUGGGAGAUGGCGCUCAAAGUUAAUGUCCUGUCUGCUGCCCUGCUAGCUAUCGAGUUGCUACCGCUGCUUAAGCGGACGCCAGGAAGUAUACUCGAGUUCGUUGGGUCGUGCGGCUACUGCAAUGUGACUAGCCAGCAGCUUGCGCCUAUGCUGGAGCCGGAUACUCCUGCUGCUGCUCCUGCUGCUGGAGAUCUAAAGGUUCUAGAAUACUUUAAUCGUGCGGAUCGCUGGACUAUGGAAUCCGGGUACUGCGAGCCCAAGCUGCUGCUCAUGUUUGUGCUCCAGGGACUGGUAGAGUCUCUCGGUGGGAGCCAGGGCAAAUUGCCUGGAUCUUCUUCCGGUUCUACACCAAUCCUCCUAGCGUGCUGUCCGAACCAGACCAAGACAGAUCUAGGCCGGCAUUUCUCGUUUGGCUUGCGCUUAUCAAUGAAGUUUUUCAAUGCGGUGGUUGCCAGGACGGCGGAGCAGGGGAGUCGGGUGCUCGUGUCCGGGUUGACGCUGGGCGAGGAAGCGAAUGGGAGGAUGUGGAUGAAUGAUCGGUUCGACGAUUUGUCGCCUGGACUGACGGCCGAGGAGUGGGAGAGGCUGCAGAAGAGGGCUUGGGGGGAGAUUGUGCAGGUUUUGACGCAGUACAAGCCUGGACUGUCUAUCUAG